AAAAUAUGUUUAGAUGCUUCUCAUGAUAGUGUUGAUUUGAAUGUAAAGUCAGAAAAACAUAAGCCUCUGACAGAAGGAGAGACUGUAUUAUCAGCUACUGUGUCGCCGCUUCCUAAACCGAAAGAGCUAAUUAAUUUAAAUAGUUUAGAUGAAGAGGAACAUUUUGACUUAAUAGAUGUGGCUUGUAAACAUAAAAGAGAGAACUAUCCUGAGGAUGAUUUUCUAAUGGCUGUGAUAGAUAAGUCAGUGAAAAAGCUGCAGGUUAAUAAGGACUGUCUUCCUCAAAAAUCUACAUCUGUAAAAAUGCUCAGUCCCUUGCAGCGCGCUGUACAAGGAGCAAUAAAACGAGAAGAUCCUAUUUUCUGUUGUCCCGUCAUAGAAAGACCUGGUCCUAAUAAUCCUCAACAAGCUACUAGGGAGCAUCAGGCUCUCCCUUUGAAAGUUUUGAAAGAUUGAAAAUCUGCCUGUGCUCAAUAUGGGCCCACUGCUCCUUUUACUGCUGCUAUGGUUGACAGGAGAAGCUCUUCCCCCCGCUGAUUGGAAGUCUAUUGCACGAGCUUGUUUAAAUGGUGGAGAUUAUUUAAUAUGGAAGUUUGAUUUUUAUGAACGAGCUGCUGAACAAGCAGAAAAGAAUGCUGCCCAUAAUAUUCCAGUUGAUUAUCAUAUGCUGAUUGGGGAAGGACAGUAUCUUUCUUUACAAGAUCAAUUAACUUAUCCCUUCGUUGCUUAUCCUCAAAUAAAUCAUUUGGCAUUACAAGCCUGGAGGAAAUGUCCUUCUACACACAAAACUGAGGAUCUUUCAACAAUUAGACAGGGACCUGAUGAAGCAUAUGCUGAUUUUGUAGAUAGGUUGUCACAGGCGGUGGGGAGACUCAUUGUGGACGGACUCACUGGUACAAUUGUAGUUAAGCAGCUUGCUUUUGAGAAUGCUAAUAAUGCAUGUCAGGCUGCGAUUCGACCUUGGAGAAAACGGGGAACAUUGGAGGAUUAUAUUCGCGUUUGUGCAGACAUUGGGCCUACUUAUAUACAGGGUGCUGCUGUGGCUGCAGCAUUAACUAAAGUGGGGUUCAAAAACAAUCAAAAGAAAACAAAGACUUGUUUUAAAUGCGGAAAGGCAGGUCAUUUUGCUAGAGAAUGUAGAUCUUUUAAUUCUAACCCUAGUCCUUCCUUCCCUACUCAGAAACCUCCAGAUGGUCAGAAAAUCCCUGGUUUAUGCCCUAAAUGCAAUAGGGGAAAACAUUGGGCACAAGACUGUUGCUCAGUGGCCCACAGGGAUGGGCCACCACUGUCGGGAAACUCCUCCCGGGGCCUUCCCCGGCCCCAACAAAUAAUAAGGGCAAUGUCUGUGUAUCCUCCUCAAAUUAUCAAUCAGACAUUAACCAAAAACAGAAACAUACAAUAUCCUCGCUCUCCAGAGCAACACCAGGAAGCGCAGGACUGGAGCUCAGCACCUCCGCCCGAUAUGUAUUAACUCCUGAAAUGGGUCCUCAGGCCCUCUCUACGGGCAUCUGUGGACCUUUACCCAAGGGUUUGAUGGGACUAUUAUUGGGAAGAAGUAGUGUCACCAUGAAAGGUUUAACUAUUAUGCCAGGAGUCACAGAUUCUGACUACGAAGGAGAAAUAAAAGUCAUGGCACAAACUAUUAAAAAUAUAAUAACUAUUUCUCCUGGUGAUAAAAUUGCACAAUUGCUACUUUUGCCCUUUGAACCUCAUGGACAAAUUUUACAACAUCAAAAGAGAGAAACAAAGGCUUUUGGAUCGUCUAAUGCUGCCUACUGGAUUCAGAAGAUAGGGAAAGAACGUCCAGAAAUGAAAUGAACCAUUAACGGAAAGGUUUUUUCAGGUUUGUGAGACACUGGAGCUGAUGUCUCUGUUAUGACGCAGAUACACUGGCCUAAACGUUGGCCCAUUAGUCCUACUAUUACAGAACUUCACGGAAUAGGACAAAGUUCUUCUCCUAUGCAAAGUAGUCAGUUUUUACUAUGGCAAGAUAGUGAGGGCCAUUCAGGAUACUUCCAGCCUUAUGUUUUGCCUGGGCUGCCUUUAAACCUCUGGGGCCGAGAUAUAUUAAAAGAAAUGGGAGUAUUACUUUAUAGUCCAAACUCUCAAGUCUCUAAUAUGAUGUUGGAUCAAGGAUUUCUUCCCACAAAAGGGCUGGGAACAAAUCAACAAGGAACUGUCUCUCCUAUUGAUGUGAAAAUAAAAAAUGAUAGACAAGGUUUGGGUUUUUCUUACGGGCCUUGGAUUCUCCUCCACUCACUGCUGAUCCAAUUACUUGGCUGACUGAUGACCCUGUAUGGGUGGACCAAUGGCCCCUCACAAAGGAGAAAUGAGAAGCUGCAGAACAAUUAGUACUGGAACAAUUAGGGCAUUUAGAAAUUUCCAGUAGUCCUUGGAUACUCCUAUUUUUAUUAUCAAGAAAAAAUCUGGAAAAUAUAGGUUAUUACAGGAUCUAAGAGCUGUUAAUAAAACUAUGCUAAUAAUGGGAGCUCUUCAACCAGGCCUACCCUCUCCAACAGCCAUACCACACAAUUAUCAUCUUUAAGUUAUAGAUCUAAAAGAUUGUUUUUUCACUAUUCCUUUGUUUCCUGAAGAUAGAAAACAUUUUGCUUUUAGCUUGCCUGCCUUAAAUUUUAAGGAAGCCAUGAGGAGAUUUCAAUGGAAAGUAUUGCCUCAGGGCAUGGCAAGUAGUCCUACAUUAUGCCAAAAAUAUGUGGCUCAGGCCUUGACUCCUGUGAGAAAAAGGUUUCCAUCGUUAUAUCUCAUACAUUAUAUGGAUGAUAUACUUUUAGCCACUGAUAAUAUUUCUUUAUUAGAGACUGCUUUUCAAUUUUUACAACAGUCCUUACAAUCAUUUGGCUUGGUCAUUGCCUCAAAAAAAAUUCAAAGACAAUCUCCAUUUUUAUAUUUGGGAAAAUAUAUUGAUAACACUACUAUUAGGCCUCAAAAACUGCAAAUUCGAGUUGAUAAUUUAAAAACAUUAAAUGCUUUUCAAAAAUUACUUGGAGAUAUUAAUUGGCUAAGGCCUUCCUUAAAACUUACUACUGCUCAAUUACAGCCUUUGUUUGAUAUUCUUAAAGGUGACUCAGAUCCUUCUUCUUCACGCUCUAUGACUCCAGAAGGAUUUCAAGCUUUACAAAUAGUCAAUAGAUCUAUCAGUUCUACACAGUUAACUAGAAUUCAUACUCACCUUCCAAUUUUCUUAAUAAUUUGUCCAACUCCUCAUGUGCCUACUGCCGUCUUAUGGCAAACUGUUGGAAUUAUUGAAUAGAUUCAUAUGAAAACUACACCCUCUAAAGUUAUUAACCCUUAUUAUGAACUUACUAGUAAUUUAAUAAUGCAAGGUAGAACUAGAUGCUUACAACCUAUAAGUAUAGAACCUUCUCAAAUUAUUAUCCCUUAUUCAGUUAGUCAACAAAAUUGGCUUUUUCAACAUAGUAAUGAAUGGGGUCUUGCUCUUGCAGGAUUUUCAGGUACCUUGGAAUGCCAUUACCCUGCUGAUAAAUUGAUCCAAUUCAGCAAACUUAACUCAUAUCUUUCCUUCUAUAAUUAGGCAACAGCCUGUUCCUCAUGUACCUUUGGUUUUUACGGAUGGUUCUUCUUCAGGAGUGGCUGCUGUAAUCAUUGACGACGGAACAAACCUAAUUAAAGAAACUUCCUUGACUUCAGGAAGGAAGUUGAACUGUAUGUUGAACUGUAUGCUGUCAUUAUGUCUUUUAAACAUUUGCCUUCUAUAUCUUUUAAUUUGUUUUCUGAUAGUAAAUAUCUUAUUAGCUUGUGAUUUCUUCUGGAGACUGCGACCAUAGGACAUACUAAUGACCCUGAAUUAUCAUCCUCUUUUCGUUUGCUUCAACAGCUUAUUCAUUCCCAUGAUGGUCCUGUUGCAGGUCUGUAUAUCCGUGCUCAUUCUAACUUGCCUGGUCCAUUGACUAAACUUAAUGCGACUGCAGAUGUUUUAACUCGAUCUAAACGUGAUCUUUAUCCUGUACAUUUUCCUCCCAAGAAUAGAGUUGAAGUUACUCCUCCUCCUCAAUCUCUUUUCCCUAAAGAGGACAUGUCCCAAUUUACCAUACUCCUCCUUUCCGUUCCUCAUGCUGUCAAGAAUGGCUAAUGUACUGCAUUCAUUAUCUUCAUACUCUUGAUACUCAUGGUCCAUGUCCUGGACACCCUCAUAUUAUGGGGGAAGGUUGGUGGCUGAGCCAGGAUUGGCCUCUCAGUCUCCGGAGGUCCUCUGGAAAGAUCCGUUAACCAGCACUUGGCGUGGUCCUGAUCCUGUGUUGAUUUGGGGACGUGGUCACGUGUGUAUCUUUCCCAGAUCAGCGCCUGGACCUUGCUGGCUUCCUGAGCGCUUAGUCAAGCAAAUAGAUGGCUCGCCACAGCUCACAACUAGUUCAGAAGAUGAAGAAGCUCUGCACCUCUCCGGAAAAUUUGACAGUGUUGAUUCAGAAAGAGAAGAGGAAGAGAAGACCACUUGCCAGGACGACUCAAAGGAGUGAUGUUCCAGCUUGGGGACAAAUUAAACAACUGGUUUCACGAGCUCAAGAGUCAGUGAAACAACAGAAUAAUCCUGUUACACCUGUAACUUUAUUUUUGGCUAUGUUGGCAACCAUUUCAUGUGUUUCUUCUGUUAAUGCAGCAACUUACUGGGCCUAUGUACCUGAUCCUCCACUAUUACAACCCAUAUCUUGGUCUGAAGCAGAGUUUCCUGUAUUUUACAAUGAUAACUGUUUAUGGGCCUCUUAUUGGGAAUAUAAAACAAAUCAAUAUGUCUGUAAAUUAUACUAAGUGGUUUAGUACCCAUCCUGUCUGUCUUAGCCCAUGGAAUCUGGAAACUGGACGUGUAAAGGCUAUUAGUUAUGAGCAUACAGAUGUUUAUGAGGGAACGGAUCAAUCAAUUAGUUUGUCAGGCUCUCCAGGCAUCCUUCGUUUUACAGGAACCAACAUUACUCUUAACAUGCCCGGCUACCAGCUGAGGAGAGUAUCUUAAGGAUACAAUCAUUUGGUAUAAAAUGGGCAACCUCUUAAUAUUAGAGGUCAAAUCGCAUACGCCUCACCACUUAGGGAUUCCUCUAUUACUAUAGCCAAGGUUACAGGUGAAGAUUCAGGAAAUUAUUUCUGUAUGAAGCGUUUACUUGGAGGACAAGGGAUAUUUAUAGCUGGACAUAAGGUUACUAUGCUUAACAGAAAAUCAAAAAAUCAAUUGCCUCCCCUUAUGACCGUUAACUUCCUGGAUCCAGUUUUGAACGUUGCAAUGCAUCUUGGAAUAAUAACCAAAUAUGGUGUACUAUAGAUUAUACCAAGGUGCCAAUUCUUAUCUCUUCUAUUCCCAUCAUAGAUAGGUUUAUCACAUUUCAAAAGAACUGGGAUAUAUGGAAACUAGCUCUAACUUAUUCCAAUACACCUGUUAUAACUUGUGUUACUCCUCCAUAUACACGUUUGUGUGGUUCUAUUCACAUUGGUAAUUCUUCCAAAGGAGGAUAUAAUAUUAGCUGUGUUAAUUGUACUUUUAGCAGUUGUAUGUUCCCUUCUGCAGGAACGCAAUCUGUGCUUAUACUAAAGCAACCCAUAUAUGUUAUGGUGCCUGUACAUCUGAGAGAACCUUGGUAUGAAGAUACUGGAGUACAGGCAUGGGUGGAACUCUCUAAAGCCUUGCAGAGAAGGAGACGCUUUCUUGGGUGGCUAAUGGUAAGUUUACCUGCCUCGGCUGCUCUGUCUGCUACCGCGGCUACUGCCGGUCUUGCUCUUUCACAGAGUAUUCAUCAUGCUCACUUUGCUAAUCAGUUAUCUCAACAUACCAGUCUUGCUUUAUCUUUACAAAGUCACAUAGAUUUACAGAUUAAUAACAAGUUAGUUGAAUUUAAAAACGCAAUUUUGGGGAUUGGAGAUCAGAUAGAAGCAUUAAAAUUGAGGAUGCGUUUAGCUUGUCAUGCAAAGUAUACAUGGAUGUGUGGUACUCCUUAAAAGUACAAGGACUGUAUUUGGGAAUGGGAAAAAGUAAAAAUGCAUCUGCUGAGUGUUUGGUCAGAUAAUAAUAUUAGUCUUGAUCUUAAGAAAUUAAAUGCUGAAAUUCAGGAUAUACAAAAUACACAUCUUGAUGAUAUUUCACCAGAAGAUGUAAUUCAAACUUUACUGGAUCAUUUAAAGUGGUUAAACCCUCAGUCUUUGAUUACCGGAAGGUUGUCAGGAUUUAUUACCCAGGCCAUAAUUUGCCUAUUAUUGAUAAUAAUCUUCUCAUGUCUGUUUCGUAUCCUCAUGCAACAGUAUACUACUCUGGGCACUAAACUUCAUGGAAUUAUUUUGCAGCAAAAGUUAAAAAAUAAAAAAGGGGGACCUGUGGGAAGCAGUCAGCCUUGAGAGCAGGCUACGGACAUGCCAGGCAUGCCGCCGCUGCUCGAAGGGACUGUCCCUACUUGUUCCCCUCCUUGUUCCAUUCCAUGGGAGAUAAAUCACCAGGGCCCAGAGAUCAGAAAGAAUGUAAAAUGAGACAAGCAAAGCUGUCUCCCCCCUGCACAUGCAGGUUAUUUUUGAUGCUUCUGGGUUUAUGGGUUUCCUCCCAGGGAAGUUAACCUUGAGCCGAGACAGUCUGUAGAUAAUGUAAACCACCAUCUGGCAGCCUUCCUUUUUCUAGUCUAGAUAAUCUGCAACUGUAGCAUAAUAAAAUUUGCCUUGCAACCAUCAGUUGUCUUGGUCCUUCUGACCCCAUCCGUCGGUGCCACUUCAGUUCCUUACCCCUUCCCUUCUGACCCUGGGCGGUGAAAUCCUCUUUCUCCUGCUGGUCCGCGGCACACAUGAAUAUAUGUUUUUGUCUUGCUGUACUGCACCUGUGCUGUCUAGUAACAGAUAUUUUGUCUGCUAGUAGUGUUCUAGAUUAUGUCUUUCCAAAGCGCUGAGGCAGUGCACCUAUUCUGUAGUUGCAGCUGAUGCCUGAAUGUAGCCUAGCUGACAAAUUAUUGAUUAAUAAGAAUUUGAAUUUCUGAAAGAUUUGUACUGUUAACCAAAAUCUGAGCAAGGAGUCUCAGAUGUAAUUCUUAGCCAGAAUUACAUGUUAAUGAACCAUUUAACAGUGUAAAUCAAGGAACAUCAGUGUAAGGGUUUCUUUUAAUUUAUUUUUUACCUGCUUGAAAUAUCAGUUAAAGUUUGCCAGCUUGGUUGCAGAUGAACGGACGUUGGAAGUUCACCAAACUACUUAAUGUGGGAUAGGAUAAUAGACUUCCAGCGCCCUCAAGGCUGUGACCUUGCAGCCAUUUUACAUAGCACAUCCUCCUCCUAUAGGGAUGAACCUUUCCCUGGCCCGAAAAGUAGCAGCUCUGUUGAAACUUUGCUUAUUGUAACAGGCUUUUGUUUCCAGGUUACAUGUCUGUGGAAGACUUAAUUCUGAAUAGAGAUAUAGAUAUUACUGGAAACUAAUUGUUUUUUCUAUUAUACUCUGAUUUAUCAAAAAAGUAAAACAUUUAAACUGUGCUACAGAAAUUCAGAAGUUGUCUUGCAAUCUUUAAACAAUAAAUGAAUGAGUUGCCCUUAAAAAAAAAAAAAUGGAUUAA